GGUUACCACAAGGCGAAGUUCCUGCUGGACGAGAAGCGCCCAGAGCUCUUUGUCAGCACUCCACCCUGCGGGCCCUGGUCGAUAAUGCAGAACGUCAACCAGCGCGACGACAGGCAGAGGCAGAACCUUCGCAGGAAGCGCCUCAAGAGCCAGCGGAUCUUCGAGAACAACAAGAGGCUCAUAGAGCACCAGGUGCUCAACCUGAACGGCUCUGCCCUCGCCGAGCAGCCACACAACAGUCGGUCGCGGCAAAAGACCUGCUGGAAGGAUCUCCACAAGAUACUCCCUUACGAGGUGAUCGUGGACGGCUGCGCCUGCGGACUGAGAGCUCCCGAUACAGGCGAGCUCAUGAAGAAGCGCUGGAAGUUUCUCACUAACGACAAGAGGAUCUGGGUGGCCCUACAGCCGCUACAAUGCCGUGGAGGACACUACCACGAGGAGAUUGAGAGCAGCCUGAGGACUGAGGCUUCGGGCUACUACCCCAAGAUGCUGCGCCGCCGGAUCCUCCGAGCUCUGACCAAGAGCCAGAACAAGAACUACUUCGAGGACGAGGUUGCGAAGUGCCUCUGCAUGGCAGCUACCCAGCAGCCACCGACGGAGCCUACGCUUGUGGAGGAUGAGCCGUCGAUUCCACCUCAAAACGGCAAGGAGACUCACGACCUCACCAAAGAGACGAUCAAGAAGAUAGAGAGCUACAUCAGGCUGGUGCACACCAACCUUGCCUCAUCAGCAGAGCAGCCACAGAAUGGUCACGAGGUUCUCUUCGACGCCUUCUCAUGGAUCCGUCGCAGCAAGAAGACGAACGUGAUGGCGCUGGCGAUCCUCGACGCCGGCUCAGACAUCCUCUACGUGCGACUGAUCGACGAGAAGGAGAUCCCGGGUACGACUCGACAAGUUCGUGCCGGCGACCUUCGACAUAUUUUUGCGACAAAAUGGUUUCCUUGGAUGGGGCGCCCGAAGGUCAUGCGCUACGAUCCCGCUGGCAGCGCCAUCUCCAACGAGUUCCACGAGUGGAUCGAGAGCCAGGGAGUCUACUGUCUUCCUUGCGCGGCCGAUGCCCACCGGCAGAUCGGCAAGAUUGAGCGCGCGAUCGAAGCUUUCAAGGAGGUCCUAGAGGCUUUCGACGAGAUGGUCUCAGCUGAAGUGCCUACCAGCGAGAUGAUUGGACUCCAGACAGCUGCCAGGAACGACCUGAUCAGGAUUGAUGGAUUCAGCCCACUGCAGCGCUAUGCCGGACGGACCCCGACGGGGACCACGGUUAACUUGUCCGACGAACCGAACAACCUGCCCCUCAUCAGCACCGAGCUGCAGGAUGGCACCUUCAGCAGGGACGCCCAAGUUCGACGCCUGGCGCGGCUGGCUCACAUCCAGACCGAGAACUCCGACCGAGUCAAACGGGCGGAAGCCGCGCGCUUCAGGUCCUUCAAAAGGUACGAGACGGGCGACCUGGUCUUCGUCUACAGGAGGCCCCCACCAGGAGCCUGGAUCAAGAAGGGCCAACCUCGCUCCAUGCCUGGGCGAGGCCGCUGGUACGGACCUGGACGAGUACUCUGCCACGAACCAUCGAGCUCGGGACAUCGACCUGGUCUACCUGGGACAGUGGUCAACAUCACACUGGCUGGACGCCUCUAUCGAGUUGCCCCAGAACAGCUUCGACCUGCUACGCCCUCCGAAGAGGCGAUGGACUCUCUACGCUCGCGUCGCGAGCAGCCGGGGACAUGGACCUUCGGCGACGCCCAGAAGCUGCUCGACCAGAACGAGGUGAUCGAUCUUUCGAACGAGCCCCCGCCUACUGGCGAGGACCUGGCCGCUGACGACGGCGAGUCUGUCAGCGCUCGCACCUUCAAGGGCAACGCGAGCGGGCCCUGGGCCAUUCCUGAAGACGAGGACUGGAAGAGCGACCUCUUCCUGGACCGCGACCUCCAAGGCGACUACGGAAGAAGGGCAAUCCCUGGGCCGAGGCGGCCGAGGUCCAAGACCCUCUCAUACAGCCAGUACAGCCAGAAGCACCGCCAGGCAUUCCACAAGAGGAAGGCCACGAAGCUGCAACCCAUUGCGGUGGACACGGACGACGACCUCGACGAAACGACGGCGCCUGACAUGAACGACAAGCGCCGGCUGCGGUCGCCUGGCUCGACCGAGCCACCUGCUAAGAAGCAGCGGAUCAACGUCGCGACCCAGGAGGCCUUCCCCUACUACCUGCAGGAAGGCAACUUCUACGGGGACUACGCCUAUAGCGUCCAGCAGUACGACGAGACGAAGGAGGAUGACGAGCUCAUCGUGCUGGACAUCCCCGUCAGCAACGAGCACGCGCUCAUGGCCUACAUGGACAACCCUAGAAAUUUCGUGGCAUCACAGGCCCGGAAGGGCCGAGUGGAGGUUUCUUUCAAGACGGCGACGCCUGAGGAAAAGAAGCUGCUACUUGAGGCCCAGCAGAAGGAGUGCACCUCGGUCCUCAGCACGAAGGCUGUCAGGAUCCUCAGCCGCAAGGGGAUCGACCCGGCGCGCCUACUGCGCUGCCGUUUCGUGCUGACCUGGAAGAAGGACGAGCAGGGCAACGUGCUCCGAGGCAAGGCCAGAUUGGUCGUGCUUGGCUUCAGCGACCCCGGCGAGACUGACGAGGAGAAGAGGAAGAUCUACGCCGACCCGCCGAAAGAUGUUCGUCAGGCAUUCGGCAUGAAAGAUGACGAUGUACUACAGUUCCUCAAGCCUAUGUAUGGGUUUGUACAUGCUCCUCGCAAGUGGUGGCUCCAUUUCAAGGACAGGCUCAGAACGCUGAAGCUGGAGAUCGUGCAGUGCGAACCUUGCGUCUGGGUCAUCCGAGACGGCAACAAGAUGGUUGGCAUGGUCAUCCUACACGUCGACGAUAUGAUGAUUGCCGGCGAUCGCAACAACUCGGCCUUUCUCAAGAAGCGUCAGGAGAUUCACCAAGCGUUCGAAUGGACACCCUGGGAGAGCCGAGCGUUCGUGCAGUGUGGCAUCAGCAUUCGACAGAACGAGGAUUAUACCUGCAGCCUCGCACAGGACAGCUACAGCCUGAACGUGGAGCCCAUCAAGAUACGACGUGGGAGGAAACCCACAGAAGGAGUUUCAGACAAGGAGAGAUCAGACCUACGAGGCCGACUUGGUACAGUCGGAUGGCGAGCUCAGCAGUCGGCCCCGUGGCUCAGCGCAGAAGUCUCUCUACUUCAAGCGGAGAUACCUACGGCCACGGUCUCAACCAUCCAGAAGAUCAACAAACUUAUCCGCACCAUGAAUGACACCGCCGACGUAGUCAUGCUCAUCCCGGCCAUUGAGCAGAUUGCCGUGGAUGGCUGCGGCGAUGCAGCAUGGGCCGCCCGUAUCACUGGCGAGUCCCAAGGCGGAGAAAUCGUUGUACUGGCCCCCCUGUCCUUCCUGAGUGGCUCGACAGAGACGGUUGCGCCUAUCUCUUGGAGAUCAUGCAAGCUACCCAGAGUGGCCAGAAGCAGUACGAGUGCGGAGGUCCAGAUGAUGACGGAGACCUUGGACGAGAUCAGUUACGUGCGACUGUUCAUCUACGAGCUGGAGUGCGGUCAAGUGGACUACACCAACAAGCAGCACGUGAACGACGCCAUCUCAUCCUGCCCUGGCGUACUUGUCACAAACGGUAAGUCGGGCUACGACGCGAUCGAGAAGAGUGAGUCAGCUGGUCUCGGACUACGUGACAAGCGGACGAGCAUCGAGUGCUUGGGCAUUCGACAGCAGAAGGAGCAGACGGCCCUCCAGAUACGCUGGGUACACAGCGACGCCAUGUUAGCCGACGGAUUGACCAAGGAUCGUGCCGCCAAGGUCUUGCUGGAGUUCUUCAGAUCAGGCCAACGCUGGAGACUCGUGGACGACCCACUUCACCGCAGUGCCCGGAAGCGCAAGACCGAGGGCCUGGACAAGCUCGACCAUGGCAAGCCGAUCUCAGACGACGACGAGGCUGCUAUGCUGGAGGCCCUGAUCUACUACGCCCGCGACAACCCCGACGAGCAGGAGAGCCCUGCUGGAGAUGCUGCCCUGUGGGGCAUGAUUAAGCCGCUCACGCGCUUUGUGCUUUCUGUGAAUUCAGUUGCCAGAGGCAG